GCCAUGGCGAUUGCUUACCGGAGUCCGGAAGAAGAAAAUGGAUUCCAGAUUUUGGUGGUCGAUUCUCCUCGCCUUCGCCAUGGCCUCCGCCGGAGCUCGCUCUCAGUCCACCGACGCCCUCGGCUUCCUGUCCAUCGACUGCGGCAUCGAGCCCGGUUCGUCCUACGUCGACCCCCUUUCCAACAUCUCCUACGUGUCCGACGUUGGCUUCAUCGACACAGGCGUUAACCGCAACAUCUCCUUCGCCUACGUGGGAAAUUUCAGGACCCCUGGGCUCCGCACCCAACGCGCCUUCCCCAACGGCACCCGCAACUGCUACACCAUCGGGUCGCCGGCGGUGGAGCGGGGGUCCAAGUACCUCCUCCGGGCGUGGUUCUACAACGGCAAUUCCAACAGGCUCAACGGCCAACCGCAGUCCUUCGACCUCCACCUCGGCGUCAAUUACUGGGACACGGUGAACGUGACCGCCGCAGAAACAUCGUACUGGACGGACACCAUCGCGGUGGCCACCACCGGGUAUUUCUCCGUGUGCCUGGUAAACACCGGCACGGGGACGCCGUUCAUCUCCGCAAUCGACUUGCGGCCGCUGAAGGACAGUCUCUACCCCGCGGCGAACGAGUGGCGGAGUUUGGUGCUGUACAACCGGUGGAACUUGGGAGAGGAGUCUGACCACAUCAGGUAUCCGGACGACCCUAUUGAUCGGGUGUGGUCGCCAUGGAGCUCCUCGGAAUGGAACUGGAACUGGAACGACGUCUCUACCAACUCCACCGUCGAAAACUUCCCCCAGGACCCCUUCGGCGUUCCGUCCGUCGUCAUGCAGACCGCCGUCACCCCCAUCAACUCCUCCAGCAUCGUCCUUGGAUGGGAUCCCAUCCCUGGCUACGUCAACCAGUUCUUCCCCAUCCUCCACAUAUCCGAGAUUUUUUACCUCUCCGGUACAAAUCAAUCGCGGCAGUUCAACAUCUACGAGAAUGGAUUCCAGUGGCUGGGGGAUAUAAUGACCCCCUCUUACCUCUCCUCGGACUCCGUCUACAGCCUCGGGCCCCUCACUUCGUCCCCCACCUAUAACGUCUCCCUCGAGGCUCUCGGCAACUCCACUCUCCCGCCCAUCCUCAAUGCCUUCGAGCUCUACAUGGCCAUGAGCAACACCUCCGUGCCCUCAGAUGCUGGAGAUGUUGAUGCCAUGACAGCUAUCAAGGAGCAGUAUCAGAUCCAGAGGAAUUGGAUGGGAGAUCCAUGUUCCCCUAGCGCUUUUGUUUGGGACAGACUAAAUUGCACUUAUAACUUGUCAAAUUCUCCAAGAGUCACUGCUUUGAACCUGUCAACAAGUGGGCUGACGGGGGAAAUAACCAAAUCUUUUGCUAGUCUCAGUGCACUUCAAUACUUGGACUUGUCUUACAACAAUUUAACAGGGCCAAUACCUGAUGAUCUAGCAAAUUUAAUUUCUCUCAAACUACUUGAUUUGACAGGCAACCAGUUAAAUGGAUCAGUUCCUCUAAACCUCCUUGAAAUGUCACAAAAUGGAUCACUUACCUUAAGACUGGAUGGGAAUCCACAUCUUUGUUACAAUGGUACAUCGUGCAAUGAAAUGUCUGUACCAAAAAAGAAGAAAAUAUCAACACCGGUGAUCGCGAUUCUUUGUACAGUUCCAGUUUUAAUACUCCUUGUGGUGAUAGCCAUAGUUUGGAGUGUGAGGAAAAAACAAGGGUUGAGAAAGGAUAGCUCAGUGGAUCAACAGAAUAGUUUCCCAAAACAAACAAAUAAUUCAUUGCAGCUUGAAAAUCGCCAAUUCACAUACAUGGAAUUGCAAAACAUCACUAAUAACUUUCAAAAGAUCCUAGGCAAAGGAGGAUUUGGGUCUGUUUUCCAUGGAUGUUUGGAAGAUGGUACUCAAGUUGCGGUGAAAAUGCUAUCACAAUCAUCAUCACAAGGAACUAAAGAGUUUCUUGCUGAGGCCCAACACUUGACUAGGGUUCAUCAUCGGAAUUUAGUUUCUUUGGUUGGCUACUGCAAUGAAGUAAAUCAUUUGGCGCUUGUCUAUGAGUUUAUGUCUCAAGGAACACUACAAGAUCAUCUGCAAGGCAGGGCAAACAAUGCUAGGGCUUUAAGCUGGAGACAACGUCUUCAUAUGGCAAUUGAUGCUGCACAAGGGCUAGAGUAUUUGCAAAAAGGAUGCAAGCCACCAUUAGUCCAUAGAGAUGUGAAGUCAGGAAAUAUUCUUUUGAGUGAAACCUUGGAAGCUAAGAUAGCAGAUUUUGGACUUUCGAAAGCUUUUCUAAGUGAGGCAAACAGUCAGAUAUCCACUGUAGUGGUGGGAACUCUUGGAUACCUUGAUCCUGAAUAUUACAUUACCUUCCAGCUCAGCCAAAAAAGUGAUGUGUACAGCUACGGAGUGGUUCUUUUGGAACUGAUCACUGGGCUACUUCCAAUAGUUCCAGGUACAGAAAAUGUACACCUGAUCCAAUGGGUGCUCCAAAGGCUUUCUAAAGGAUACAUUGAGGAUGUUGUAGACCCCAGGCUGCAGGGGAAGUAUGACAUAAACAGUGUUUGGAAAUGUGCUGAUAUCGCACUAAAAUGUACGGCACAAAGGUCCCAAGAACGGCCAACCAUGACAGAAGUUGUGAUGCAACUAAAAGAGAGCUUAGAACUAGAGAACUCUCAUUAUAACAAUGCAAACACAGUCACACACAAUGAGAAUCUAUACUCAGAAGUAAGCGAUGUGAGCCUGAACAGUGUUCCUGAGAUAGGAGUUUCUAAAAUGAUUGAGAUUUCCGGACCAAAGGCAAGAUAAACACAGGUUUGCUCGACUCUUCCCUCUUAAAAUUGUGUCAUAAUGGUUGUUAAGGUUCAAAAAUGUCAUUUCCUUCAAAUUUAUUAGUGUAGCUUUUUACAUGUUAUUACUUGUAUGAAGGAAAAUAGUAUUUGGUGAUGGAGUGUAGAUGAUACUUUUAUUUUCUAUGGCAAAAACUAUUGUAUGUUCUUCCAUUUCA